AUGGACGAGAUAACCACAUCUCUAAAGGAGAGCAAGCAUCUACAUUAUCUCCAGAAGUAUCCUUUUGUUCCAGUCCAUGAUGACAUGAUGGACUGGACAGACGUGAAACUUGACAGCACUCUGUCUUUUGGCUCCAUGAGAGAAAUCUCAACAACAAUGCUUAGAGAUAUUCAGCAGGAGCUGAAGAAGCUGGUUUUUACAGAACUCAAAAGACUUCAGAAGUUUUCAGUGGACGUAUAACUAGACGCACAGACAGCACACCAACACCUCAUUAUUUCCCCUAAUGGGAAAGAAGUCAAAGAUGGAGGCGAAAACCAGGAAGUAGCUGAUUCACCUGAGAGGUUCGAUUUCUUUGGCAGUGUUCUCGGACUCAACAGCUUGACUACUGGAAAGUCAUACUGGGAGGUGAAGGUCAACAACUAUGCAGCCUUGAUGGAUCCACCUAUUCGUCUUACCCUGGAAGAGAAACCAGAGACAGUCGGGGUCUUUGUGGAUUAUGGGGAAAAUCUCUUGUCCUUCUAUGAUGUGACAAACCAGUCUCAUAUCUACUCCUUCUCUAAGUGCUCAUUCAGUGAUGAGCUUUACCCAUAUUUCAGUCAACAUAUGAAAAAGCAGAUCAACUAUGAACCCUUGAUUAUUUCAAAAGUAAAAACUUAUUAG